ACGAGGUUCAUGAAAGCAGCAUUAUUCAAGCACAACCGGGUCAAAAGAAAUGAGGAGUCGACGUGCAAAGAGUGGUUUCUAAUCCCAUUUUUACUUUUAUCUGUAUAUUGUGAACGUUUUGGGGACUUAAGUGUUUCAUCUUCAAGAAAAUUGGUGAGUUUAUUUCCCUCCCCGUUCCUGCUGAUUCGGGCCAGUUUAAAGUACGUCAAAAUGCAUGGCGAGGUGAAGCAAAGAAAGAAAAAGCAAAGUAAUGAAGUAGUCACUCCCGAUUCUGCAAACAAACAAGACCAAGACACAAAAGCAAAGCGUGAACAUGUCAGCACGCCUUCCAAAUCCUCGAGUUUGGAUCUUAAAUGCAUCAUGUGCGUACUUUCGCUUGCAGUCUGCGCUGCACUCAGCUGGAUGGUGCUGCAGCAGAAUGCCAGGUUCUCUCAAAUGGAGGACAAAUUUGCACGUUUGUAUGGAAAGACGUCAAGUUUGUCUCAAAUGGAGGAACAAGUCGAGAUGGUUUCCAAAAAACUCGCCGCCUCCGAGGAAGACCUCCAGGCGGCGCUCUCCACCGUAUCCUCGGAGAGCGGGCUUCGACGGGAUGUUUCUGAGCUGCGCGUUGCCGUGGCGACGCUGCAGGCGGAGGACAGCUUGGCGUCGGGCGACCUGCAAGCCAUCAACGCCCGCUUCCUCAACGUGACGGAGACGUGGCAGGACCGGCUCGCCGCCGCCGCCUCCGAGCUGGCUUCCCUCAAGGCUGAGUCCCGGGAAGCCCACGCCAGCGCCGCCGAGCGGGUGAACGAGGCCGAGCGGAGGGCCCGGUCGCUGGCCAAGAAGCUUGAGGAGCUGGAGGACAGCACCAGGAGGAACGCCCGAGCCAUGGAGCGUGCCGAGGAGGACGACGCCAAGCGUGCGCAGGCCCAGCUGGACUGGAACACCCAGCAGAUCCACAAAAUGGAUGAGAACAUCAAGAGGCUGGCCCGCAAGGAGGCGGAGCUUAGCGCCCAACUUCAGGAGCACCUGCCGCGGGCUAAAGAGUGCGAGGAGCAUCUCCCCCACGUGGAGGAGGCGCUGCGCUCCAUAGUGAAACUGGGGGCCGACCUGAGCGGCGCCGAGAAGCGCAUGGAGGAGUUAACGCUGCAGGUGUUUUCGGCCGAGGACAACAUGCUGAAGACGCUCAACCGGAUCCUCGCCAUGCGCCAGGAAAUUGACGCCCUACAAGCUCGCGGCACCAUCCUCAAGAUGAAGAGUGAGCUGGAGGUGGUGCGGGAGGCUGUGCACGAACUCACCAUGGUACUCAGGGCGGGGCAGACUAAUGAGGAAGAAGAGGAGCCGGAUGAAGAGUGGGAGGAGCCAACCGAAGCCCCUCAAGAUGACAUCACACAAUAAUGACACUGCAGAGAGGACAGGAAGGGCCUCUGCUUUCACAUUGCUGGAAUUAUUUUCUUAGUUCAGUGUCAAAAUAGGUCAAGCUUCGGUUUUUUUGUUACUUUGUGUAACUAUUUUUCUGUGUUAAAUUAUCCCCCCGUGCAUCCUCAUUAGUGUGGUAGCAGAGCUGGACUGCUGCUCAUUUGUAGACCCACAUGAUUGACAUUUUACCAAUAAAUUGUCAAAUAAACAAAUUGGAUUUUUUUUAAUUUACCGAAAUACAGUACAGUGAAAACUUUAAUUAGUCUGUAUGCAGUAGUUUGGGAAAUAACUGGAUUACAGGUAUAAUAGCGCUCUCUUGUGGCCAUGUUGGGGAAACACAUCAGCAAGAACGUUAAAAUCACAUUUCAAUAAUUCUCA